AUGAUUCCUGGAGGUGUUUAUCAUUUCACUGAUAAUGCUACUUCUGAAAGUUCUAAUGUUCCUGUUGAUACAUCACACGCUAGAAAUCCUUUACUUUGUUAUAUUUGCAAAGAUUACUUUUCUGAACCAUGUCUUCUUUCUUGUUACCACACAUUUUGUUCAAGAUGUCUACAGAAUAAAUCAGUCGAUAACAAAAUAAGCUGCCCCACUUGUGGAUCUAGUACAGCAAUGAAAGACAAUUGCCUUCUUCCUCCACCAGAUACUGUGAUGCGGCAUCUGAUUGAUUUAGCUAAUACUGAUAAUCCUCCUUGCUCAAAUUGUGACAAACGGGAUAGGCCAUCCAUGUUUUUCUGCAAUACAUGUGUGUUCGUGAAUAUGUUGAGUUUAUUUCUUUUGGCAAUGGAAUAUUAA